ACAGCUGGAGGUGGUCACUGUCAGACAGAAGUUUCUACAGACCCGGAGAGACAGAGUUCAGACUGUGGGACUCCUGGACAACCAGACAACUAUUUAGGGAAAGAACACUGCACACUGAUUGAUCAUCUGGGACAAUGGUGGGACGACAGUUGUGAAGGAAUCUCGUCUGACAAUCUGCUUAGAUGUCAGAGGACCGAAUGUGACAUUUGUCUUCAUCAACAUCCCGAUGACAUGGACUGAGGCCCAGAGCUACUGCAGAGCAAACUACACAGACCUGGCCAGUGUGAGGAACAUGGCAGAGAACCAGAAGAUACAGGAUCUGGUACCUGCUGGGGGCACAGCCUGGAUCGGACUUUCCAGAGACUCCUGGAAGUGGUCGGAUGGAAGUGACUCUACAUUUAGCUUCUGGGAGGCUGGGGAACCUAAUGGGAACAAUGAGGCUUGUGUGGUUGCACGAUUCAACUCCUUUGGACGAUGGUGGGACGUUCCCUGUGAGGGGAAGUACCCGUUCAUCUGCUACUACAGUCCACUUCCAAAGCAAGAGUUGAAAUUGUUCAAACUGAAGGUGAAGAAAAGCUCCUCUGUGGAUCUGGACGACCCUGCUGUGCUGGAGAACAUGUUGCUGACGAUCAAACAGAAGCUGAAAGGAUUGGAUGAGAACAUCCAAGUGAACUGGAAGAAGCAGCCUGAUGGAAAAGUCUUCUACAAGGAGAAGAAGACGAAGGAGGAGGAGAAGACGAAGGAGGAGGAGAAGACGAAGGAUGAGCUUUAAUGUGGAAUCUCUGUCUGUUUUUCUUUCUUUCCUCUAAGUCGUCAUGUAACGGCUCAGAAUAGAGCUGAACAAUCAGCUGAUUAGUCGAUUAGUCACAACUAUUCUGAUUUGAUGCUUUUCUUUGUUAUAUAUGGUCAUGAACUUCAUGUCUGUGUUCUUUAGACUGUUGCAUUUAUCUGCUUGACCUGUGGGAUAUAAUGACAGGCAUCUUUACUAUGUUCUGACAUUUUAUAUGAUUAGAUUAAAUACAAUAUGAUAAGAAACUA